GCGCACAAAAGAAAGCAUUGGAGCUCGUGCACGCGGAGGCCUGCGUGGAAAGCAAGCGAGACAUGGCUGCGCUUCUUGUGCUCGUGGGGGUCGCGCUCGCCGUGGAGGUGGGCCAGGGCCAGGUCCAGGUCCAGGGCCGGGCCCGGGGCCUCGGCGGAGAGUUCCUGCGGGACAUCGUGCGCUUCUUCGGCCACAACGAGUCCAUCCCGGCGCAAAACCUGGAGGAGCUCCUCCACAUCGUCGCCGCCCGCAGGCACCGCGACGUCAGCCACGACGGGAACCCGCUCCACGGACUCGAGUGCCUGUCGGCCGAGCAGAUCUUGUCCCACUUCGGCUUCCCCAACGCCAGCCGGCUGAGCGCCGCGCAUCUGGAGGCCGUUUGUCCCGCCGUGUUGACCCAGGUGCUGGUGCCCUCCUGCCCCUACACGGCCCCCGAGCCGCCUCCGCCCGCCCUCCGCUAUUCGGCGUGGGGUUGGGGCUUCCUGUCGGUGACGGUGAUCAACCUGGCGGCGUUGCUGGGCCUGCUGCUCAUCCCGUUCACCGCAAAGUCCUACUUCCCCAAAGUGCUGACCUACUUCAUCGCCCUGGCCAUCGGCACGCUCUUCUCCAACGCCGUGCUGCAGCUCAUCCCCGAGGCGUUGGGCUUCGACCCGAAAGCGGACAACUACCUGUCCAAUGCCAUCGGCAUCUUUGGAGGCUUUUACCUUCUCUUCGUGGUGGAGAGGGUCCUGACCAUGGCUCUGCGCGUCCAACACCAGCCCGGCCCGUCGCACUUUGUUCCGGCCGGCGACUCGCUGCCGAACGGCGACGCCGGGGAGAAGAAGGACUCCGGCCUGGUUCUGACGAGCGUCAGCGGCAGCGUCGGCUCGGCCGAGCGGGUUAGCGUCGGCUCGGAACGCGGCGACGGCGACGUCUUUCCCGAGCAGGACUUGCAGGCGUCGAGCGCCACGUGCCGCUGCCUCGGCGGCCGGCGGCUGGCCGGCGUAAAGACGGUGGCGUGGAUGAUCACGCUGAGCGACGCGCUGCACAACUUCAUCGACGGCCUGGCCAUCGGCGCCUCCUUCACCGUCUCCACGCUGCACGGAUUCAGCACGUCCACCGCCAUCGUCUGCGAGGAGUUCCCGCACGAGCUCGGCGACUUUGUGAUCCUGCUGAACUCGGGCAUGAGCGUGGCCCAGGCGGUCUUCUUCAACCUGCUGUCGGCGCUGGCAUGCUACGCGGGCCUGGCGUUCGGCAUCCUGCUGGGCAGCAACUUCGCCCCCAACGCCAUCUUCGCCGUCGCGGGCGGCAUGUUCCUGUACAUCGCGCUGGCCGACAUGUUCCCAGAGAUGGACGCCGUCGCCCGGGAACAGACUCGCACCUCCGCCAAGGUCAUCUUCUUCCUGAUCCAGAACGCCGGGCUGCUCAGCGGCUUCGGCGUCAUCCUGCUCAUCACCGUGUUCGCCGGCGACAUCAACCUGGGAUGACCGCCCGCCGGCAAGGAGAUGAAAUUCCCAAAAUGCUUUCUGCUCGCCUUCGUCUUGGAGUGCGAAGAUUCCAAAAGCUUUUGUGCAAACAAAACAAAAGAUCACCAAACACAAUAUGCAAUCAUUUCAUUUAUGAAAUCUACUCUUUGUCUUAAAGAGACAGUGGAUUAUUGUUGAGUGUUCCCCCUCCUCACUGAAAUAUUGUUACAUAUUCUGGUUGAUGCUGUACUGUAUUGUUUGUAUUUUUUACCUGAUUUUCUUUAUAGAAUUUUUUUUUUUUUUUUUUUUUGGUCUUGACUUUGUUGUACGAUCAAACUUUAUUUUAGGAGCGUUAACUCAAUGACAUGAUGUAGAUUUCUAUUUUGUGUUUUUAGAGGGUUUACAUUGCUUUGCUCAGGGUUUAUUCAGCUCACACUGAAAGAAAAUGUGACUGUGUGAAUCGGACAUGCAUGCAAAAACAAUGACGAAAAAUAUCAGUCUAUUUUGAAUAUUAUAAAUACAAAAGUCACGAUUUGAGUUAUGCCGUUAAGGUUCAUAGCGCUUUAAAGUGAUCACUUUUGCUCUCGUUACAUUCUGCCAUUUAUUUAAAGUGUUUUUAUGACAUUUUAAUUUUGAAGCACGAUUAAAUUCUUUAGGGAGAAAUGGAGAUUGUUAAAAAUAGUUUGUUCACUUCAGACUAAACAUAAUGACAUUUCUUUGGUUUUUUUUUAAAAUUAAAUAGAAAUAGGGCAAUAAAUGAAAACAAUGUUCACUUAAAAUAUACUAAUUAAAAAUAAUACAAUACAUGAAUAAAAAUGUUAACUCUUAAAAUUAUUAUUUAAAAGAGCACAAUAAGUCAUUAACAAAGAUUCAUUAAAAUGUGAAAAUGGAGCAAGAAAUAAAAACUCAAAAAUACAUUAAAAACUACAAUCCAGUAAAUAACAAAAACGCAACUUUUAAAAGACAAUCACAAAUUAGUACAAUAUAUAUAAGAAUUACUCUAAAAAUGAAUUAGAAGUAGCACAAUAAAAAUGUAACUUAAAAAAUAAGUACAAUAAAUAUUUAAAUUUAAAAAAUUAAGAAGUAGUAUAAUGAAUAAAAUAACUAACUUAAAACGUGACUUUUAACACACUACAAUAAAUACAAUUUAAAAAACACUGAAAUAAAACUUAAAUGUAGCUUAAAAUUAUUAGAAAUAGACAAAUAAGAAAAAUUUACGUUUUUAACAUUAAAUAAUAUAGCAUCAAGAGAAAAAAGAUAUCUAUCGUUUCAUGACGUUAAAAACUGACAUAAAGCCACUUGUUUGCUUGUUCACCCUUUAAAGAGGUUUAAAUAUUAAACCGUCGUCAUUGGAAAAACGGCACUUUUUGUAUUUCUAAUCAUCCAAUUUUAGAGAAGGUUCUGCAAUUGUGCUCUUUGUCUUCAUUUACACUGUAAAUAUUUACAUCAUUUGAUAUUUUUACAUCAAUAAAACGCAGCCCAAACUG